CCCAUACAAUGGCUGCACAACACGCAGACCCAAAAUCCGCGCUGCCGCAGCGUCCGCCGACGCGGUACCAGCGCCGAAGCGCAGCCGAGCGUUCGUUCGCCCUGAACGCCGUGCCGGAGCCGCCCGAAGAGCCGCCGCUUCAGACUUUGCCGCGCGACCUCCUCCGCGCCCACGUCUUCGAAGCACUGUCGCUCUGGGAUUUAGGAAGACUCGGCUGCGCGGCGUCGUGGCUGGCCGAGACCGUGUUCGACGACCAGAAGGCCUGGGAGCGGCGCAACGGCCUGCUCGUCGGGGGCCUGCAGUGCAUGCACGGCGGCGUCCUCGGGGCGACGCGCGCGGGCCGCGUCGCGGAGCGGUGCUGGACCGGGAUCAUGUCGGCGGCCAUGGAGGCGCCGCGGUCCACCACAACAACACCCUACUGCGCGGCGUCCUGGGUCGCCGUCAACGUCGAGGCGCGGCGGCGCGCCGAGGCGGCGGCGGUGGCCGCGCGGCACGGCGCGCCGUGCGCGCUCCCUCCCCAAGGCGCGCGCGCGCGCGCCGCGUCCAUCGACGCCGAGGCCUCUCUGGAUGGAUUCCUCGAGGACGCCUACGCGUUGGCCGCUUUAGCGACGCCGUCGGAGCUGACGCAGCUUAUUGCCGAGGCCGGCGGCACGGCGCGGGCCGUGAGCCUCGUCGCGACGUUCCUGCGCGUCGUCGACGGCCACCAGCUGGGCCUGGGCACGGGCGUCGACGCGCUCGCGCCCGUCGCCCGGGACGCGAAGCUGCGGGAGGCGCUCCGCGCGGCGGCCGCGGCGGACAACGGCUACGACUACCGCUGCGUGGUCUGGGACCUCGGGGGCCUGCAGCUCUACCGCCUGCGCGACGCCGUCCGGUGGUCGGAGAGCAGCCCGCGGUGCGUCGCGAGCGGCGCCCUCUUCUUCCUCGAGCGGGACGCGUUCGUUCCGGCGCGCCACGUGAUGCAGGCCGCGAACACGGGCUUCCUCGAGCAAAUCCAUUACCAGAACCAGCUCAAGGUCGCGGCCGCGGCGGCGGGGCGGUUCGUCGGCUUCCUCGAGGACAACUUCGGGCGGACGCUGCCGGCCGGCGUGCGGAAGCCGGUGUUCCAGGUGCGGGUAACGACAUAG